AAUUUUGCCUCCAGCUGCAGCUCCAGGCUCUUCUCGGCUCAGGAGCAGCUGCUUCAAUGCCCCAGAGCGGCCAUGGGCGCCCCGCACUGGUGGGACCAGCUGCGAGCUGGCAGCUCGGAGGUGGACUGGUGCGAGGACAACUACACCAUCGUGCCUGCCAUCGCCGAGUUCUACAACACGAUCAGCAACGUCUUGUUUUUCAUUCUACCGCCCAUCUGCAUGUGCUUGUUUCGUCAGUAUGCAACCUGCUUCAACAGUGGCAUCUACUUAAUAUGGACUCUUUUAGUUGUAGUGGGAAUUGGAUCCGUAUACUUCCAUGCAACCCUUAGCUUCCUGGGUCAGAUGCUUGAUGAACUUGCCAUCCUCUGGGUCCUGAUGUGUGCUCUGGCCAUGUGGUUCCCCAGAAGGUAUCUGCCAAAGAUCUUUCGGAACGACAGGGGCAGGUUCAAGGCGGUGGUCUGUGUCCUGUCUGCAGUUACAACAUGCCUGGCGUUUGUCAAGCCUGCCAUCAACAACAUCUCUCUGAUGACCCUGGGGGUUCCUUGCACUGUGUUGCUCAUCGCAGAGCUGAAGAGGUGUGACAACGUGCGUGUGUUUAAGCUGGGCCUCUUCUCGGGCCUCUGGUGGACCCUCGCACUCUUCUGUUGGAUCAGUGACAAAGCCUUCUGUGAGCUGUUGUCUUCCUUCCACUUUCCCUACCUGCACUGCGUGUGGCACGUCCUCAUCUGCCUCGCCGCCUACCUGGGCUGCGUGUGCUUCGCCUACUUCGAUGCCGCCUCGGAGAUCCCUGAGCAAGGCCCUGUCAUCAGGUUCUGGCCCAGCGAGAAAUGGGCCUUCAUCGGCAUCCCCUAUGUGUCCCUCCUGUGCGCCAGCAAGAAAUCGCCAGUCAAGAUCACGUGACGGCGGCGCGGGCUGGCUCCCCCGCCUCGCCUUACACGUGCGCAGGGUUGGAAGAGUUGCCAUGGGGUCUGUCUUUUAAAAAGUCUGUACCUUUGGACUCUGUGUCUGCGGACCGCCAAGAUCCCGCUGUGCAUGGGGACAAGUGAGCGUCUUUCCCUUCCCCAUACAGAGAUGGAAAGUGAAGGGCUUAGGGAGGCCAGGUGUAUCUUUCCCAGUGUCACUUCCACAUGCAGUGGCUCCUCUGUGGCCGUGGCAGAGCAGUCCCUUGGACCCCGCACUGCCGGGUGCUUCUCCUCUUGGAGAAAGUGGGUCUGCUCCAUCCCCGCCCUUCUGGGGCACUCUUGGAGUGGACUCCGCUGUUGACAUACACAGCCCCUGACAGACGAGUCCCUCUGACUCUGAUGGAAGAUGCCAGAACUUUUUAUUUGGGGGAACUGUCCUUCAACAAAACCAAACGAAACGCACACAGGGCUUGUGGCCAAGGAGGCUAGUUUUUCCCUCGCGGCUCUCAGCUGACCGGUUUUACCUGCAUUUGUGAAUCCUUUUCCUCCUCCUACCUCUGCUGAAAGAUGGAGACUUAACUUCAGGUGAGGGCGAAGCUAACGAGUAAAACCCUCUAUGCCAAAAGCUGUACUCCACUUUAAGCCAUUCUUGAAGAUGAGCACAAACUUUAAAUGUUGACAUCUUUUCUGCCUCCCCCUCCCGCCCCAGUAGCCUCAGAUACAGUGAGAACAGUAGCCGUGGUGUGACAUUCCCAUGACCCACCCCCCUUCCGAUUUGACCUCUGUGAGAUUACCAAAGGGCUCCUUACAGCUGGGCUGGGGGUUCUCGAUCAAAAUUUGGGAGCAAAUAUGAUGUUUUUUGCAGUGUUUUCUCAUUGGAAGCCUGCAGUAUGCUAUACUAUUCUGGAAAUUACCUUCAAGAAUCUCACCUCUUACUGCUCCAGUAUUUCCUGUGGGAUUCACCCCCACACUCACAGUACAAGGUGCUGCCUGUGGUUCCUCGCACUAUUUGACGGCUCACUUUUCUCAAGUGCUGGCAAGAACUACGCACUAAUCUCUUCUUCACUGGGCUGAAUGGAAGACCCCAAAACUCUUCUAGGUGUGCGGUGGGAAUCACUGACCUCAGGGAUACUCAUUCUAACUCAGGCAUCUCCGGCUUGGUAACAUGCCAUUGUUGGGAGGGGGCAGGAAUGAUUUGUCCUUCUUGUGUGGAUAGGAGUCAUGUCACUGUCCUAAAGUCUCGAGGAGCUGGGAAACAGCAGUUUUUGGCAUGUUCAGGAACUCUUACUCUGGUGAGAAUUUGCACAAGAUCCAUAGUGAAAAAGCCCGAUAACCAACUGAAUUUAGGGUUUAAAAUGAAUGACUUUGUUCUAUUUUUGUGGUUUUCAAAUUAUUUUAGCAGCCGAACCCCAUUUGUAGUAAGAA